CCUGGAAGGAAAGCAAACAUUGGCUUCUUUAUGCCGUCUGAAAGAUUUCAGAAAAAUGACCUUCUUCUUGAGUCUCCAAUUUAUAGUAUUCACUUCAUUCUUCAUUGCAUUAGCUUUGAAGCCAAAACCGGAACGCUCGACUAAGUCUAAAGUUUCUCAAAUAAAUCCUCUGAAGAUUCCUUCAGCGAUAGAUUUUGGUCCUGAAAUUGUACGAAACCAAAAAGGAGAUGAACCUUGCGAUGAUUUUUACGAGUAUGCUUGCGGUAAUUGGAGGGAAUUACAACUGAUAAAUGAUUCUGUAAAUGUAUUGCUUACUGAACAUUUACUGAAAAGUAGGAAUAAAGAACGAAUAAGAGAUAUUUUUGAAAAAAUUCACUCCAAUGCUGGAGCGCUGGGAAAGGCAAAACAAUGGAUGGACACUUGUCUUAAUGAUGCUGAAAUCGACAAGGCUGGAUUGAGUUCCAUCUUAUUCUACGUAAAUAAAAAAGGAGGAUGGCCGAUGACGAUGACUUCUACCGAAUGGAAUCCAAAUACUUAUUCAUGGCAUGAUAUCGAUGAGUAUUAUACAAGACUCACCGGAAGUUCUGCAAUGUACAACAUUACUAUUAGAUAUUCUCAGUACAGUGACAGACAGAACAAAAUGAUAAUUGCGCUAACCUAUCCAAACUUUAUGUUGCCUUUACAAAAUUAUCUGCUUUCUGGAAAGUAUGAAAGUCCGCUCGGUAAGUAUAAUAAAAAUAUACUGAAGGUAAUGACUGCUUUAAUGAGACAUCAAGGAACAAAUGAACCUGACUCGCUUACUACUGACGUCAGUAAUAUAGUCAUAUUCGAGAAACAUCUUGUUGAGCUAAGGAGGAUGUUCAUCCAAAACCCUGAAAAAUCGUCAGCUGUGGUAUUAACAUUAGACCAACUACAGCAAAGAUAUAAUUUAAAGAAUCCACAAAACGCCGCAAAGAUAGAUUGGUUGAAGAAAGUGAACAAUCUUCUCAAAGUCUCUGGAGUUCGAGUCACUGGUUCUGAAAAGGUUUAUAUACACGAACUUGAGUAUUUCCUUGGACUUCCUUCACUGCUAAAUACUGUAAAUCCUCGAAUCCUAGUAAACUACAUACAUUGGCGAUUCGUCGGCAACAUGUUAAAAUACAGUAUCGGUGAAUUUUGGCAAAAAUUCGGAGGUAAAAUGGACAGGUGGACCCAUUGUCUGCAAGAACUCCCUAUAAUGCAUCCAAUUAAUUAUAAAUACACGAAGAAUUACAUUUCUGAUUCGAGUGUUUCCAUCGUUACAAAUCUUGCCAAAAGAAUUCAGGAACAGUUGGAAAGGAAAGUCAUGACAUGGCCCUGGCUUCCGGACGUCGAUAAGAAGGCAUUACUUCGAAAAGUUAAAAACAUAAAGAUUUAUGUUAAUCGUCCGAGUUGGUAUAGCAUUUCUGCUAUCAAUGAAUAUUACAGUGAUUUAACAAUUGGUUCAGACCACUUAAAAAACAUGAUUAAUUGCAAGGAGCACGAUCUGAAAAAACAAUUGGCAUUAUUCACAAAGCCAUUGGACGACGUACGAGAGUCUAUAAUGUGGAACGGUAAAGUUAUUAUCGAAAACGCCUUUUACCAUGUGGGUUUUAACACCAUAGCUAUACCUGGCGGUCUUUUUCAAUGGCCUUACUUUGCAACAGAUGCCCCGAUGGCCAUGUUGUACGGUGCAAUUGGGUACAUAAUCGGUCAUGAGUUAUCACAUUCUUUAGAUACGAAGGGGAGAAAAUACAAUGAACAUUGUCAAGUUGGCAAUUGGUGGUCCAAGCGAGCAAAUAUUAUGUUCAUUCACAACGCAAAAUGUUUAAUCGAUCAGUUCAAGAAAUAUGAUUAUCCAGAAGCUGGCAGCCAAAGAACAGUUGAUGAAAAUUUCGCCGACAGUUUAGGACUUGAAUUGAGCUUUCAAGCUUUAAUGACGGAAUCGAACACAAGAUCUAAAAGUCUUCGAAAACAAUGUGGCCUUGAACAGUUCACAAAUGAACAGUUGUUCUUUUUGUCCUUCGCUAAUACUAUGUGUGCAUACGUCAAGCCGGAUUUUUGGGGACAGUACAUAAAACAAUUCAAAAAACACCCUCCACCGAAACUUCGAGUUCUAGGAUCAGUCUCGAAUUCCAAAGACUUUAGUAAAUAUUUUAGUUGUCCCAGUUCUAGUAACAUGAAUCCGGAACGGAAGUGCUCUCUCUAGAAGGAAGAUAAAAAUACACUGAAAAAAGAUCGAUGGAAAUUUACAUACAUUUUUACAUCCUACAUAACAGAAGUUUUGCAUAAAAAAAAAACGUACAAUGGAAAAAUUACAAAUCAGACAAUGUAUAAAUGCCCGUGACAUUGUAUAUUUGCAGCAUUGCUGCAUUUUUACUAGAAUUAAAUGUAACGUUUCAUUGUAAUUUUUCUCCUGGCAUGUAAGACCUUUCCCAUCUACGUAAAUAUACGUGUUACAUAGCAAAUUUACAUAUUGAUGCGGAUAAAUAUACGCUGCAGUGGAAAAAUACAUACUAAGAUGUAAACUUAA